AUAUGCUUGAGGAAAAAUGCUCAACAGCACCCAGGACCUCAGAUUGGAGUACAUUUUUACCUUCCAACAUGGCAAUGACCCAAAACACAACCAAUACAAUGUGCUGAUAUACAGUAAGUGUGUGAAUGUUCUUGAGUGGUCUAGCCAGAGCCUGGAUAUGAAUCCAAAUGAACAUCUCUGGUGAGACCUGAAAACAGCAGUACAGCGACACUCCCAAACCCACAUGACAGAUGUGGAAAGGCAUGGCAGACAGCAAACAGAGAAGAUCCUUUAAUCCAGGUGUACCAAGCUUGUAGCAUCACACCUACAAAAACAUAAUGUACUGAGUAAAGGGUCUGAAUACUGAAAAUGUAAUAUUUCAGUGAUUAUGUAAAACUACAUUCAAAUACACAACAAAAUCAAAUCAGAUUUCAAUGAAUUGGUCAGUUUAAAUCAGAAAGAAUCUCCCGCUGUAAGGCUACACUUUUCCUUAAAAGCCUAAACUCUCUCUUUAAAGCCACACCCACUCUGUCUGUCUGCCCAUUCUCUCACGCCCACUCUGCCUGUCGCUCUAUAACACACACAGAACUAGGAAGUUAAUUUCAGAGAAAACGAAACUUAGAAAACUUUGAGCCUCUCUCUCUCUCUCUCUCUCUCUCUCUCUCUCUCUCUCUCUGUGUGUGUGUGUGUGUGUGUGUGUGUGUGUGAGUGCACUAAAAUGGCAGAAGCCAGUAUUUCAGUAGAUCAAGAUCAGUUCAGCUGUCCAGUGUGUCUGAAUCUCCUGAAGGAUCCUGUAACUACUCCCUGUGGACACAGUUACUGUAAGGUGUGUAUUAAUGGCUGCUGGGAUCAGGAGGAUCUGAAGGGCGUCUACAGCUGUCCCCAGUGUAGAGAGACUUUCACUCCAAGGCCUGUUCUACGCAGGAACAACAUGCUGGCUGAAGUGGUGGAGAAACUGAAGGAGACUGAACUCCAAGCUUCUGCUCACUGUUACGCUGGACCUGGAGAUGUGGAGUGUGAUUCCUGCAUUGGGAGAAAACGUAAAGCCAUUCAUUUCUGUCUGGUGUGUCUGGCCUCCUAUUGUGAAGAUCAUCUUAAACCUCACUCUCAGGCUCCUGCCUUUAAGAAGCACAAGUUAGUUGAACCCUGUGCAGAGCUCCAGGAGAAGAUCUGCUCUCAGCACGACAAACUGAUCGAGAUCUACUGUCGUACUGACCAAAGCUUCAUCUGUUACUUGUGUACGAUUAAUGAACAUAAAGGUCAUGAUACGGUUGCAGCUAAAACAGAAAGAACUGAAAAACAGAAUGAGGUAAAGGAGAAGCAGAUGAAAUCCCAGCAGAGGAUCCAGGAGAAGCAGGAGAAGGUUCAGGAGCUGAAACAGACUGUGGGCACUAUUAAGUUGCAUUCACAGGCAGCAGUAGAUGAGAGUGAGAAGAUCUUUACUGAGCUGAUCAGCUCCAUGGAGAAAAAGCGCUCGGAGGUGAAGGAGCUGAUCAGAGCUCAGGAGAAAGCUGAACUGAGUCGAGCUGAACGACUCCUGAAUCAACUGGAGCAGGAGAUUGCUGAUAUUACGAGGAGAGUCACUGAGCUGGAGCAGCUUUCACACACACACGAUCACAUCCACUUCCUCCAGUGUUUCCUGUCUCUCUGUGUUUCUCCUGGAUCUGAGGACUCAUCCAGCUUCACUGUCAAUCAGCAUCUCUCAUUUGCUGGAGUGAGGAAAUCUCUCUCAGAUCUGAAAAAACGAGUUGAGGAAAUCUGUGAGGAGGAAUUCAACAAAAUCCUUCCACAAGCUGCAGCAGUUCAGAUGAUUUUACCCUCAGAACCAAAGAGUGGAGAAGAUUUUCUGCAGUAUUUCUGUUAUCUGACUCUGGAUCCCAACACAGUACAUCAUCAACUCAUUCUGUCUGAGAAGAACAGAGCGGUGACACACAGCAGGACAGAUCAGCCAUACUCUGAUCAACCGGAGAGAUUUGACACCUGGUCUCAGGUGUUGUGUAAGGAGAGUGUGUGUGGACGCUGUUACUGGGAGGUGGAGUGGAGCAAUUUUGUGUCCAUAUCAGUCUCAUAUAAAGAGAUCAGCAGGAAAGGGCAGGGUUAUGAGUGUUUGUUUGGAUACAACAGUCAGUCCUGGAGUCUGCAGUGUUCUUCUUCUUCUGUCUGUUUCUUUCACAAUAAAAUUAACACUGUGCUCCGAGUUCCAGCGUCCUCCAGAAUAGGAGUGUAUGUGGAUCACAGUGCAGGAACUCUGUCCUUCUACAGCGUCUCUGACACGAUGAAGCUCCUCCACAGAGUCCACACCACAUUCUCUCAGCCUCUAUACGCUGGGUUCUGUAUGUGGCGUUAUGAUUCGACUGUGAGGUUCUGUGAUCUGAAAUGAAAUGUUGGUAAAAGUUUUUAGUAAAAUUAUAACUGAGGUGUUAGA